AUGACUUCUACUUCAUCAACUCCACUAUCCAAACAGUCGAAUCCUCGACAAAGAAGGAAUACCCUUAGCAUUAUCAUUCAUGCUACAAUGCAGCUCCUUUCGUCCCCGCCCACUUCCCCUACUCAUUCCACUGUCGAUGGUGCUAUACUCUCACAAUCAUCGAUGUCAUCCACAUCGUCACGUGAUGACUCAUCGGAAUAUUUUUCAUUCCCAGACUAUGAAACGUAUAUUAAGGAUGUGGAAGAGACCGAAAAGAUGGUCGUUCAGAUGGAAGAGUUUGACGAAAUGGUUGUCAACGGAGUUAGAAUACGCUCGCCAAAGAAUUAA